AUGAGUGAUACUAAAGGUUUGGUACUUCUCGUCUUAUUCACUUACAUAUUCCUAACCAAAGGGUGUUUCACUGACGAGUAUGAGGUUCAUCUAAUCAACAGGCUUCCGUAUCCAAGACUCAAAUUUCAUUGUGCAUCGGGUGAUAAUGAACUUGGAUAUCAUAAAGUUGUUCCAAAUUUUGAUUUCCAUUGGAAGUUUUGUGAGAAUAUUUGGAAAAAAACUUUAUAUUUUUGCCAUCUUUGGUGGGAAGACAAGGAAAUUGCUUUUGAUAUAUUUACCUCCAAGCACAGUAAUAGGUGUCGGAUAAGUGAAUGUUUUUGGGAAGCAAGGAAAGAUGGCUUCCGUAUCCAAGGCUCAAAUUUCAUUGUGCAUCAGGUGAUGAUGAACUUGGAUAUCAUGAAGUUGUUCCAAACUUUGAUUUUCAUUGGAAGUUUUGUGAUAGUUAUACCGGAAAAACUUUAUUUUUUUGCCAUCUUUGGUGGGGAAAAAAAGAAAUUGCUUUUGAUAUAUUUACCUCCAAACACAGUGAUAGAUGUCGACAAGGUAAAUGUUUUUGGGAAGCAAGGACUGAUGUUUUAA